GACUUGGUUCUGAAUAUCCAAGCCAAAUAGUUUCUAUCAACCUCCACUUUUUGCUUGUUGUGUUCAAUAAAUAUGCUAGAGCUAGUAUGUAAAGUGGGGCCUAUUUCCGUGUUGUGAAUCCCUGAGUUUUGCCGUUUUGUUCAUGGAUUUCGACUUGCCUCUGUCUCAGUGUGUCCAACUUCUUUUCCAAGUUGCUAGGCUCGUCAUUCUCAUGCCCUCACCGCGUCAUUGUUGUACUCGUGCCUGCUCCACGAAAAGUGCGUGUAGCUUGCCGUAGUCGGUCUUCAUCCGAAAGCUAAUUUCAUACGAAUCUCGCAGUCCACUUCCUGAGGACACCAUUGUGCGGUUUGAGUCGGGAUGUUCAGCGAGGGUUUCUGGUGCCGUGCCUCAACGGAGUGUCGCAAUGCUACUUCGAGCGGCCUGAACGAAAUUAGUUGUACUAAGUCAGAUAAUGGUGCAAAGCAAGUAGGAGCAUGCGCAUACAGCUCAAGAGCGGUUGGUCGGCGACAUGAUGAACGAUCUGCGCAUGAUCUUCAAUGUGACGCGCAGUCUGUGCCUGCGCGGGAGAAGCAAAACGUGAAUCAGAUUUUACCACGCAAAAGACCACAAAGUAGACAAAACGGCUCUGUCCAUUGUAAUCGUGUUGAUGCAAUUCGUGGAAGCGGAGAUCAACCGCAAGAGAUCUUGUCGCAUCACGAGUCGAACAGCAAAAUAAACAGGCGACGCGGCAGUCCCUGUCUUCGAAGCGACGACGUAGUCAACGGGCUCAGAAUACACGAAGGCAGGUGCACGGAAAGUCAAGCGUCACCAUCAAUGGAUACAGAAUGUAAGUGUAGAAGUAUCAGGUGGACCAGUUCCUUACGGAGACGGCACGACAGACAACUACAUGAUGAUCUUCCAGCGAUCUGCACCACGCCGUCACCAUCCUGCAGCAGUGGCUAUCUGACUGAAAAGUCACGCCGUAUCUACUCUUGUGCGGGAGCGACGACAAGGGGAGGGACUAAAUCUUUUUGUGCAUCGCUGAAUUCGGACAAAGCUCGGGUUCGGAAUAACGAUCUAGGCACAUCUUCAUCACAAUCCAGUCGCCGCACGCGUAGUGGGCAUUCUUCAUACGUCGCAGAAGAAUACACUGGCUACCAUUCACACGAGGAAACACCUGGUUUGCCUCAGAGAUCACUACGCUUUCCGAUUCACUCUUUCUUCAAGCGUAUGACCUUUGAACUACGCCUAAAUAAUCAUGAAAAUACUGCAACGGCAGCCGGAGGUACAUGCGGCGAAAUGAUAGUCGUGAAAAAUCAUCUGAACAGGAGAAGAAGUGACCAAAUCCACGAAAGGCGGAAUCGCCAAAGCAGAGGGGAGACCACGAGGUAUCGCAACAGCACUAGCCGAAGCUUCGCUUUCGCUGGUGGUUCCGCGAAGCGGGGUUUUAGGACAGAUGCUAGUGGUGCUAAGAGAGCGUCCAGACAUAAUGGUGGAAAAAAUGCGGGGAAAAAACCUGACAUAACGCGCCGCCGGAUAAGAACAAAUGCAGAUAGCCAGCAGCUACUGGACAUUUAUUCAAUUAUAGCAGAGCCUUCAUUAGCAUCCGCCUACUUUCUGCGCGACUGCGUCUCAUUCUUCUCAUGUUUCUGGAAAAGAACGAACGCCAAAAGGAUAAAGCCACGACGCAAUAUCCUUCUGAGCAUCAUCCACCUUGUGGCGUGUUUCAAAAUUCUUGCGUUGCACAUGCUGUUAGGUGGGGCUUGGCACUCGAUCCCAGGGAGCAACGAAAGCAAUAUCUUCUACACGUUUCAGGAAUUCUACACUGAUGCACAAUUUAUGAUGUGAAUAUGAUCGUGCUCCAGGUCCAGCCCCUGUUGUUGCGCUUGAGUCAAUUGCUAUAUUUAUGCGUAGAAGAGAUCGCGAACCUUCUACUAACUUUGAAACUGUCGCUUAGCUAGAACACCAGGCUUGUACUUUUUUUAGUGUCGCGUAGCUGGUAGGACAGUUUGCAAAGUACAGCGAGAUCUUCCUUCUUCAUACGUAACGGACCAGAUUUCGGGUACUAUAGCAAAGGUCGCAUUCUCCAAGGCGAGUUUUUCAACUCCUACACCACUUUUCCUAUGGGUCUGAGCCCGUGGUUUGGGAACCUGAUUGCAGACCGACUCUACGCGACAUGGCUAGCUAUGCAAAAGCCGGACCGCUUUAACAUCUUCGAGUUUGGUGGAGGUACUCAUGGGAUAACAUGUUCAUCCAUUUACUAGACCUCAUCUAGGUCUAGCUCUUGCUAUGCACCAUUCCCCACACACGCGACCACGACUGGCUCCUGUCGUCAGGUACCGGAGUCCUAGCGCGCGAUAUUCUGCUACGUAUCGUCGACAAGUAUCCAAUGAUGAUUCCACAUGCGCGAUACACUUUGGGAGAGCGCGCAGCGGGUCUUCGCCGACAACAGAAAAAGACGGUCGCGAACGCAAACAUCAGCGAAAGCAGUACCAUGUUCCGCGUUGCUGAGGCCGAUGCGCGAGAGGCGAGUCGCCUGAAAAAGCCUGGUGAUUCUUUUGUUGGAGCGGUGAUUUCAAACGAGCUUCUUGACGAAUUUGAUCCCGUGAAACUAAAGCUAGUAUGGCAAACCGGCAAUCCGCCAAAUCCAAGCGAAGUCAGAAGCUGCCGUAGCUGGCGCGAAGUCUACGUAUUCCGUUUAUGUUUCCACCUUUCGUUUUCAUCGCUUGAUCGAUACAAUGCUGUUUCUACUUCAUCUGGCGGUCCAGUUAUAGAUGAACAUGACCAAUAUCAUCAUGUAUUUCCAACUCCAUGACCUUUGCAUUUUUCUAGUACAAGAACUACGUCAGGUAAUGCAUCGCGUAGAAAGAAGCUUGUUGCUGAAUAGCAACUGGCAAAGGGAAGCGUCAGCCAUUGUCUGUGCUUAUCUAGAUGAUCCAUGGAUUGCGCGCUUGAUCGGCAUGAAAUUCCAGCACGAGCGGCGAUGCUAUCCUUAUGCAGUAUGCUGCGUUCCGAUGCUUCUGGCGCUGAACAAAAUGCUGCACUACGACCACCUUUUCUUAUGGCCGAACGAGGGAGAUUUUGUAUGUGUUACUUUCAAUUGCAGCACACUAAUUCGCGUUUUGCGUAUCCAGGUAGAGGUGCUUUCCCUUUCGUCUUCACGCAUCAAACGCCACCACUUAGCAUCGAAAGCUUGAUCUUCUUAUGUAGUGGACCCUAAUCCAUCUCGAGCGGCUGGAGUACCGAAACUUCGAUUUCUUUUUGGAAGAAUACGAGCGACAGGUAGCCGACAGCCGGGCUCUCGUGACAAAGGAACAGUACCGCAUGAUUCGAAGGGCGCAUUUGAAUGACUAUCAAAUGGAAGAGGAUUUACUCACAGGCAACAAAAUCGCGACCGAUCAGGUACUCAGGCCAGAGCAUUGUUGGGAGUCGUUCUUUGUAUCUUGUAGCCUUCUCGUGUUAAUCCGCACCCGGCUAUCACUACUAACCAAUGCAGCAAUCUAGCGUGAUCAAGAAAGGAAACACUGUCGACGCUGAGGAUGACACUAUGUAUACGAAGAGACUUCGGUGCUGUUAUUCCUUUAUCUCUUGCUCUCUUUCGUUCCCAAAAUAUAACAUCAGGUGGCCAUGUUGUUAACGGAAGAACGAUGUACAGAGUUGACAGCUUUUUUCGCCCGACAUGCUUUGCGGUUCUCACGGGCUGCGGAACGGCGUGACGCCAUAGACAGAACCGCGCCCCUUAGUGAAAUAUCCACGUCGAGCUUUCUCAAGUGGGUUGUGCGACCUGGUGAAGAAGAGUUUGCGCGAGAAACAAGUCUCUUGCUGUUAUGGCUUUUCUUGAUGUGAACGUGAACGUGAAGAUUCUGAUUGAAUCUUAAAAACUAACAGUAGUUCUUAUGUUUUUAUUCUCAUUUUUAGCGAGAUACUAACAAAAAUACGAAUAAUUCACUCACCUCAGUCAAGGCUCUAAACCGUGACCGAGGUAUUAGCAUCUCAAUCGACUAUGGGGCUGACUUCGAGGCACUUGCCUGGCUGCAAAUUGUGAAACCCAAUUACGAAGGCAUUCACAUUAUGGACGCGAGACAUGGGAAUCUCUGCACUAACAAAGGUAUUCUUUAUAUAUACGUUUUGGUCGGCUAAGGCUCGUCAUUCUGGUGCGCACGUCGCCUUAGAUCAUCAAGAUCAUCGUCUCUCCUCGCAUGAUUCUUGUACUUGUGUGAAAACUAAAGUGAAGUGAAAGCCUUCGCAAUCUUCAUGCAUCCAUAAGAAGCAUGUUCCUCGUUUUCCUGGUGAAGCAAGUAUCAUGUUUCUUAUUAAAACAGGUGAACUUCAAUGCCCAGGAAUGCAUGAUAUCACAACAAAUGUGGAUUUUACGAAUUUUGCCGAAUCCGCAAGGGAUUUCAAGGUUAUCUCAUACGCGCCAAUGGCUGAGAUGGAGCGAAGCUUCGGGUACUACUUCAGCUUCUACUAGAAGCUACCACUGGUAGAAGAUUAAGAUAGAUGAUCCUUGUUUUGUCAGUGUAAAUAUGCGUAGUUGUUCUAUGAUGAACAAAGAAUCAAUAGGAUGGUUGUGCUCGUUUGUAUUUUAAGUACACCCGGAGGGGUAUUUCUUCUUGUGCGCUUCAUGGUAGGCAUCUGACUAUUGAAUCUUAGAUUCGGCGCGAGACAGCAGUCGCUCUUCCCACAUGUGAUAGAGCAGGCGGGGGGCAUUCGUUCGGCUGGUAUAUGGGGUUGGUAUAGUACCAAAAACACGGAGCCGUGGGCGAGUUUCAAUUAUGGAGAGAGGCUUUCUUCAUUGAUACAAGAAAUACAACAUAAAGAUGAAUGCACACGGCGAGCAGCAUACCCGUGUGUAUGAUUUUCUAUCUUUUCCUUCUAGUUCUAGAUGGAACUGAAUUAACAUGAUGUUGUUGAGGAUAAAAGUAGCCCAACCUUAUAAAUGUAUGUUCUAAUAUGUACUACUCGUAAUGCAGAAAGGUGAACUGGCAUUGAAUCCAUUCCACGGGAUGGCGCAGUUCCCGCUCCUUCGAGCUCGAGAUGAGGUUGAUCAUUGCAUGGAAGACACGCUUCUUCCUUCUCUAGCAGGCGCCCUAUUGCGAGAAAGCAAGCUGCGGCUAAACUCCGUGGAGCCUUGGGCAACUGCUCACGUUCUUGCAAGACUCAACCCGGAUCUGGUUUACGACCAAGAACUGGUAAUGAACUUUUAGUUUCUUGCGUUUAGCUCUGACUCUUUCUAACUCGUCUCGGAAUAAACAUAGAUGAGAUAACAUAGAGGAGAGAACGCAUAUCAAUAUCUUUACAUCAUUUUACUCGUGCUCUAUAAGUGGUGUAACACCAAUUCGAAAUUUACAGGACCGCCAGCGAGCCGUUAUGAACGAGUAUCAUUUAAGCAUUCUUCUGCUGGAUUAUGCGGCGCAUCUAUCGGAGGGAUCUUGCCCGAUAAGAUGGGACGAAGAACAAAUGCGUGAGAUCGCAGACGCAAGACUGCUUCGGCAAGUGCUAUCUGCUUAAUUCUCACAUUCAUUGAUGAACUCUUUUGAUCCUUGCCAUUCAAAAUCUUCCUUCUACUUCUUAAUAUUCACGGAUAUCGUUCAUGCCUCGAGAUUUCGUAUUUCAUGUUGCUUCUCAAAAAUUGAAUUCACCUUCAUCGUAUCACGCGAUUGAAUUCAUCCUUCCCAUCUAAUCCUAACAAGGUAUUCGGUGAAGCGGCUCUGGAACGUGCACUGCGAUACUACGUACAAGUAAAUAACAUGACGGUAGUAAAGCCAUCUUACGGGGCCAAAUUUUCUCCGGUGGGUUGUAUGUUGCGGAAAGGUCUUCUGAGUUACUGCGGUCGUUCUGAAGUGCUCGACGAGGGUUACAAAGAUGACCUUGAAGUCGACACACGGGAAUUGGAGUAACUGUGUAGCCUCGGGAGAACAGCACAGGCUUGGGCUCCAUAAAACAGCACGAGGAUCGACGAUUCGGCUGACUCCUCCGCAAACAAAUUUCGUCUCGAGAAUAUAGAACGUGUAUGAAAGUAGAACAUCAGAGCAUUCAGAGGGCGCAACAUGCUUGGUGGAUAUCAUGAGCCUGUAUACGUAUAGUAUAAGGUAGAGCGCUUUUAGCACUACAACAACAUUAAGCGAGCACGAGCAGACCUACUUUUCGAAAUUCUGUUCUUCUUAUCCCAAAAUUUUUGAUGGGACAAAAAAAGCUGCUGAGUCAUCUUAGACAUGGUUUGAGUUUAUUCCCUUUAACGUCUACCUGUCGCACUCGCAUCCUGAGCAGUAUGAGCACCACUGAUAGACAAAAAGUAAGUAAGUAAGUAAGCAAGUAGAACGAUGUGCCAUGGUGAGGACCGUGUCUGUUGUUACAGAAGAGGACGUACACUUGAGACUUCCGCGCUUGAUCGGCUGACGUCAGUUCUUGUGGUAUUUUUAACAUCCUAACAUUGAGAACCAGAAGAGCUUCUGGAUGGUCGUGAGCCAAAAAUUUGUCGUCGCUUAUGGUAUUGCGUGAGGGCGCCAAUCUGCUUUGUGAGCGGCUUGGCUGAAGCCUUUGCAUGGUGCUCUUCUUUCACCUGACUGACUCGGAUUUGUGGGCUGAUAAUUGAACAAGAAAAGUGAUCCUGUCUCAUACAUGAUGAAUGAGAACCACUUCACACUGUUGGAAUCCAUCAAGUAUGCUCUGAUCAAUGCACAACGAACAAGACAUCAAUGAACGAGGCACGUUGAGGAUCCAUAAUUUUGAG